AUGGAAUUGCAAUUAUCUAGAGUAGACUACACUGUAGUGGGUGUUGCGAAUAAAAAUUGCGUUAGAUUGUUGACGGGUUCCACUCCAAAAGAACCACAAAAGGUUGCUAUUGCUGACAGUGAAGGAAUUUUGCAAGUAUUUUCAGUUAAAAAGGACGACAUUCAAAUCCAUUUCAAAACGUUACCAGGACCGAAAAUUUCGUCUUUGAAAAUAUCAGGCACAACUGGAUCAUCGCACGAUAAAGUAUUCAUUGCAGCCGGUAACGAAGUCAAAGGAUACACAAAAAAAGGAAAGCUCUUUUUGGUUUUCGAUUCUGGCAUGACAGAAAAUAUACAUUCUAUGUGUGUGUUGGGCAAUGAACUAUUUUUAUGCGGAAAGCACGUUUACAAUCAUUUCAGGGAUUGCAAAGAUGUCGGGUCUUACUUAUGUGGCGAUAUUAUAGUAGACGUUAUUGCUUUUUAUAUGGUUAAGACGAGAAGAUUAACAUCCCUCAUUGCUUGCGAAGGUCGCAUGAUAAGAGUUCUGGAACAUGCCAGAGUAACUGCCAGCAUGGAAGUAGAAAGUUCACCGACAGUACUUCAUGUUUACGAAGACGACGAUUCCAAAACGGUCCUAUUUGGUACUAUUGAUGGAAAAAUUGGAAUUUUAGAUGUUGAGGGUUUGCAAGGCUUUCGACGUUGGUUGAUAUCCAAUGAGAAAAAUGUGGGUCCAAUUUUGUGCAUCGAUAGCUACGAUAUGACUGGAAAUGGUGCUAAAAAUUUGAUAUUGGGCCGACAAGAUGGCAACAUUGAAAUAUAUUAUGUAAAUGUACAUGACAAUAUGGAUUCUACUUGUUUGAUAUUUGUUGAAAGUUGCAAUGAAAGCAUCGUGUCUCUUCAAUGUGGAAUUGUAGCUGGACAAGGAUACGAUGAAGUCCUUGCAGUUACUUACAGCGGACGAGUUUUUGGACUCACCACUCAAGUAACUGAUGCUAAUUUUGAUGGGUCCACCGGCAGUUAUGUAUUCUCAAAUGAUACUUCAAUGAAAAUUAGUAAACUAAAGGCUGAUGUUGAAGAGCUACAAACAAAAAUCAACAAAGAACGUGAAAGAUAUCAAAACUCUACACUAAGCAAUAGUUUCAUGGAUCUGUCCGCAAUAUCUUUGAUCCCAGUGAACUAUACUUUGAUUUUAGACCGCAAAACGGCCACAUACGUUUUAAUCCUAGAAGUCCCUACCCCGAUAGACAAUAUUUUGAUCGAGUGCAAUUUGAAAGUCAAGCUGUUAGAUGUUGAGAAAAAUACUGCUGUUAUUAGCUACAGUGAAACAGAACAAUCAGGAAAAAAUUCUCAACUAUUGGCCACCUACAGAUGCCAAGUGAAUACGAAUUGCAUCGAGCUGAAAAUCCAAACUACCGAAGGCGAAAAGGGCAUAUUACAGGCCUACGUUUCGCCAGUUUUACAGCCCAAAUGUAGCCGAAUAUUGCAGUUCGACCUCAAAGCCUUAUCGUUACAUUACAGAGUUAACGAGUACGACGACACAAAUAGGCCUUAUAGUGACCUUAAGUUGACUGGAACAUUUUCGCUGGCCGAAAUUCACAAUUGGAUUGGUCAGUGUUUGCCCGAAGUACCAGAAAAACCACAAAUCAAUGACGGUCAGUUAUUUUUCCAGUCCAGCUUGGUUGAUACUGUUUUAAUUUGUGCUUACAAGAAAGGUGAAGCUGAAUUUAAAUCAGACAACAUUACGACACUGUGCAUUUUAAAAGAAAUCCUUAGCAUAGAAGCUACAAAAAAGAAAACAAAAAUCGACAUAAGCUUAAACUUGAAUGACGAUUGUAUCGAUCACGUACUUAAAAUCAUUGAGCCUAAAUUGUUUGAGCACCAAACGUGUCUCAGAGAUAGAGAGCUGAAUCAGGCUCUAAACGAAUUGGACAUAGCUGAAGAGGAGAAUGUGAAAUAUCUUUCGGAAAGAUACAGAGCGCUUUUGCUGAAGAAUAAAGAGUUGGAGGAGCAUUUCAGGAAGUAUCCUGAUUAUUUAGAAAGGAUUUACAGUUCGAUAAUCGACUUAUACAUCAGUUACAAUAAACUGAAAGGAAUUCAAGCAGGAAGACAUAAAAUUAAUCAAAUAAGGAUCAAUUUGGAAAACAAUUAUUCCUACCACAAUAUAAUAAGUAUUUUUAAACCUGAAAUAAUAGAUUGA